GCGAAACCAAAGCAGCUAGCACUGCCGCAGGAAGUAAUCCAAGUCAAAUGCUAAUUGAGGGAACCACUACCCUACUGCACUAGUUGUUCUUGCGCACGAGACGAAAGGGGAUCGGAAUGAUGGAGGCGAGGUACGUCAAGGUGGCGUCCCGGUUCUUCCUCGCCGGGAAGGUCGGGAACGCCGGCGAAGGCUGCGGCGGUGGUGGCCAUGGCCGCCACUUCCUCGACGCCUGCUUCCUGUGCAAGCGCGAGAUCACCUCGGACCGCCACAUCUUCAUGUACAAGGGCGACGCGGCGUUCUGCAGGCAGGACCAGAGGGCGAUGGACGCCGCGCUCAAGGCCGCCAGGCGCCGCCACCGCUCCCUCCUGCGCACCGCGUCCCUGCCAGCGCCGGCCGCCGGGACUGCGCCGGUGGGGACGAUGCCACGGCGGCCGACCGUCGCGGCACCGUCCGUCGUGCCCAGCUAGCUAGCCAUGGACAUAGCAGCGCAAGCUACCUCUCUCGUUUUUGCAGUGACGAAAGAGUGCACAAUCGUUUGUUCUCGACUUGAUGAUCGGCCGUGCUCUGAUGCAUGCCACGGGGCAGCAGUGAGAUGAGAUGGUAAUCAAUCACGAGCUGCUGAUCAGAGAAGAUGAAGAGAUGAGCCUACUCAAACUCAGCAGCUUCAGCCUCUGCGGUUUGGGCCGGUGCUUCGUCCUUUUACUCGGCACACGGUUGGGCUUAACCGCUUAACAAUUCAAGCCCAUGGAAACGGUAGAUUAUUUAUUUUUAAUGGAAAAAUUGUGUGACACGCAUGGCACAUAUGGGGUUCCAAGCAA